AACGGCGGUAGCGGCGCUAGCAACAGCAACGCCGCGGCGCGAGCUCCGGGACUCAGCGCCAGGCCACCGGACGGUGACGUCACGCGUCUGAGCGCCAGCCGGAGCGAAAAGCGCAGACCCGGAAAGUUCGUGCUGGGCUUCAGCUCGGACGAGUCGGACGCGGAGGCACCGCAGAAGAAAGGAGGCCCGAAUCACGGCGGCAGCAGGAGAGACCGAGGAUCCGCGCUGCAGACACCCAACUUCAGGCCUGCGGGAACACCCGCCGCCUCCCUCGGCUUAUCCGUGGACAGGAAAAGCAUUUCUGCGUCUCCGUGGUGGGCAGACCGAUGCAAAUCCAACGAUUUAGAGGAAACGGAAAGAGACAGUCGGGCUUUGAACGGGAAUAAGGCGUUUUAUGAGUCUAACAGUAGUAAACUAGUCAGGGAUUACUCUGAUUCAGACGAGGAGGAGGAAGAAGAGGGUGAACGAGAGCGUCCCCGCGAACGCCGUCUGACUUCCAGACACUCCUCUUCCCCUUACCGGAGCGUCUGGAGCGCGGAGAAGACGGCGCAUGAUUCUCCCGACUUCAGUCUAGAUAUGCUCGGGGAACGAGAUGAGAAGAAACCGAGGGUGUUCAGCGGAAGCUACGUGAGCCGCAGCUACCAGAAACUCUCCGGGAUUGACGGGGAUGAUAACAGCAGCGGCACCGGCGGAGGUGGUAUCGCAUCCGGUUCUUUUAAUAAGAACCACAUCGACAACGGAGACGGCGAGUCCCCCUGCAGCAGCAGUAGUCGGUUCAGUGUCGGGCUCAGACCGCGCUUUCCCUCCUACACAGCGACCUACCGAGCGAACCAUUCGAACCACACCGGUUUCAACCACUCCUACAGCCAUGCCUCAGCCCUCAAGUCCAAGCAGCACACCGCGGUCCCCGAGGACGAGCUCCUGCAGCAGUUUAAACGGGAGGAGGUGUCCGCCACCGGCGGCUUCAGCGCUCACUACCUGUCCAUGUUCCUCCUGACAGCCGCCUGCCUGUUCUUCGUCCUGCUGGGCCUCAUGUACCUGCGGAUGAGGGGCUCC